AUGGCGGCCGUCAACGUGUUCAGCACUAGUGUUACUUCAGAAAACCUCAGCCGUCAUGAUAUGUUAGAAUGGAUCAACAAUAGUUUACAGCUUAAAUACACUAAAAUUGAGCAGCUCUGUUCUGGUUAGUGUUCUCUUGUACAUUUAGGCGAUCCAUUGUACAAUACUCCUCUAACGUUCGAUCGAUUUGAGUAGUCUGAUAUUUUGCAAUCAUUGCUGCAUCGUUUUUGACACAUGAAACAGAAAGAUUCUGUUUUCGUUUAACAGGUGCUGCUUAUUGCCAGUUCAUGGAUAUGCUUUUUAUGGGUAAGUGUUCUCUUGAAAAAAUAGGCUUCAGCUUAGGCUUAAAUUAUUUAGGGUACGAUAUACCAAUUUCAUUUCUCCAUCUCAUUUUCUAAAUGCUAAAAAAAACACAAGCUUACAGAAGCAAUUUGCUGAAUUUUUUCCUUUCAACUUUGGGAUAAAUUUACAGGCUCAAAAGUCCAAACUUCGCGAAUCUAAAUUUAAAAAGUCACAAGUUGCGCAAGGGAAUGGAGUAUACUAGUUGGUCAGAGUUAGUACAAAGCAAAAAAAUCUUUGUCAAACAUGAUUAUCCACAAUAACAAAUCAGUUAAAUUCUUGAGCUUCCCCAUUAGGAUAGACAUGACUUUUCCCUUUUUUUUGAAAGAUUGUGUUAAUAUGGGCAAAGUCAAGUUUGCUUCUAAUCAAGAGCAUGAGUUCAUACAAAACUGGAAGAUCUUACAGAAAGCAUUUAAAGCUGCUGGAGUGGAUAAGGUAAGGAUCCAUUUUCUACAUUUUUCACUUUUAAAGAAUAAUCAUUGAUGCACCUGCCAGAUGCUUCAAAAUUUUUUUUGGAUCUUCUGUGGGGAUUUUGUCCAAGUUAGAUUGCAAAAACAGCAAACUCACACUAAAUAAAAUGCCUAGCAGUUGCAUUUGAGAAAGUAAAUGUGUGAAAUGCCAGCUUGGUGCAUUGUUUACAUUCUUCAACCUACCUCAACUUGCUGCUGCCACCAAAUAUGCAGACUCACUAUCGAAAUAAACUUAAAUGUCUCAUUUCAAGGUGGCUGCCAACAAAAUGCGUGCAUGUCAGCAGCAACAAAAAAUUAUUAAUCAGCUUUAAAAUGAUAUGUGACUUCCAAGACCCGUAAUCCCUGCUGAAAGACCUUCCACUAGGAAAUUUGGGACAUCUCAUGACUUUUUCCCAUUUUAGGUUCAAAAUUGGCAAGUCUAGGGAUAUUAGACCAAAUGCAUUUUUAAACCAGUUCAAGGAGGGGUCACAUAAAGUUACCAUCUGCUAAAACCUGUAAAAGAGGGGAUGUAGACUUAUUCUGUUUGGGGUCAAAAGUGAUCCACCCCUCCUAGGCGCUCUAAAUAAUGACCAAGCAAAGAAUCAAUAAUAUUUAUAAUGUCUUUGCAAACCAACUUAGUAGAGUGGAACCUUGAUUUUACAAACCCAUUACAUAACAAAGUCCUCUCUAUAACAAAACUGAUAUUCUUCACUCUAGUAAUAUUAAAAUACAGGGAAAAGAACCUUGAUAUAAUGAAACCUCAUUAUAGCAAACAUAUUGCCUGUCCCUUGGUUCUUCCCGAUAUUGAGCUUCCACCUUAGUAAGCCAUUUUCAAGGUUUUUAUUAAGAAUUCUAGGAGCGGGAGGAAGGUGUAAGGUUACAGGAGCAUAUUAUGAAAGAGGCUCCAUGUCUGAAUAAAAAACGGUCAUCGGCUACCGAAUAUUAGCAGGAGAAUUCUCCCAUCUCUGGGGCCUAAUGAAAACCCUGCAUUAUAAAAGCUCAGUUGUACCAUAAGGCACCAUAAUAAAUAAAUGAGUAAUGUUUCCUCCACAGUGAGUUAAAAUUGGACAGCAUAUACACUUAACUUUGGCUUUUCCUUUCCUUUUUAAUGUUUUAGAUGGUUCCAGUUGAAAAGUUAGUCAAAGGGAAAUUUCAGGAUAACUUUGAAUUUGUGCAGUGGUUCAAAAAGUUCUUUGAUGCCAACUAUCAAGGUCCUGAUCCUGACUAUGAUCCUGUAAAAGCACGGCAUGGGAAAACUGAUACCCCCAUGAAUGUGGCACCAAGAAAAGGAUCUGGACAGCUCAGCAGACCAGCCAUGGGUAAGCUUUAACACUGGGACACUUGGUGUCAGAUCAUCAUCAUCAUCAUCAUCAUCAUCAUUACUGGAUGAAACAAUUAGUUGUAUAUAAGGCAGCUUCUCAGCUGAUGUGGACCUCCUACCGCAAUACAUCGGUGGAGAAAGACUUACAAGGACCAGCAGUUUUCAAAGAAUUUUAGUGUGCCCUUGCAGUGAAGGAUGCAGUGUUUUUAAUAAGUACUUAUGGCAGAAGAAGAGUAUGAGCUUUUCCUUUCAGAGAAGUUGGCUACUUUUUUACCCUUUCAUGAAGUUAUCAAAGAAAGAUUCUUUCCAACCUUGUUUAUACAGUGGGAUACUCUACUCUAUAUCUACUUCAGAUUUCAUUAAAACCCCUGAUUACAGUUAUAUUAAUAAAUCAUGGACGUUCUUUCCAAGCUAUAGAAAGUGCAACACUUUACUUUCUUUGCUCUUUUUCUAUACAGGACAAAAUCCUACUCCGUCAAGAGUGGCUACAUCCACAAGACCUGCUGCAGGUGGGGCCGGAAAGAUUGGUGGUGGAGCACAAAGGUCUCAAGGGAUAAGUCGACCAGGGCAGCAACCAGCACGCUCUACUGGAGGGGCCGCGGGAGCGUCAGCUGCACUGAUGCAAAAGGAUACUCAAAUACAAGAAUUAAACAAUAAGGUUUGUUGAGUUGCUUUUUAAUAAAGUAACUCGAGUCUUCACUUGUUCAUCAUGCAACCCCAUUGUGGUUGUUGCCAUAUUUGGCACCCUAUAAAAACAUGUUUUUUUAUGUCUCAUGUCCAUGCUUAGAUGCAACUAAUGGUAUCGCAACAAGAGUGACUUAAGAGCUAAUUCCACCCUUUGUUUUUCUUUUUCUGCAGCUGACAGAACUGCAGUUGACAGUGGAAGGAUUAGAAAGAGAGAGAGAUUUCUACUUUGGUAAAUUACGGGAUAUUGAAGUGCAGUGCCAAGAGGAAGGAUGUGCAGACUUGCCUGUCGUUAAAAAGAUUAUGGAUGCUCUUUAUGCUACUGAGGUGGGUCAACUGAAGCAGUGUUACAAUAAAGUCCUAGCUGACUUUCCUGUAAACUGCUAAGUUUCUUCUCUUGAUUUUUUUUGAUAUUAAUACUUCUAUAAUAAUAUUAUGUACCUGGAACUUCAUUAUGGGUCUAAUAUGAGGUAGGCAGUGACUGGUCUUCAUUUAAUGCAGUUGGAAGUGGAGGUAUCUGACAUAGGUGGCAGUAUCCACUGAUUAUUAUGUGUUGUUUUUUGAGCCCAAAAAAAUUUUUUGGAAGUGGAGGUAUCUGACAUUAGUUGGCGAUAUCCACUGAUCAUUAUGUGUUGUUUUUUGAGCCAAAAAAAAAUAGCACUCAUGAAACCCAAAUAUGGUCACUGAUUUGAAUGUGUUUAGCUCAUAGGUACUAGAAUAAAUAAUUACCAGUAAAUAAAUCAACAGAUGUCUCUUCAGGCAGAAGGAGGGUUAAGAGAUUUUUUAGUCAUGGUUCGACUCCUUGUCUUUUUAUCCACCUCUGCUAGUGUUAUUUACAUAUUUUACUGAAACAGUGCUCUUAGGAUAAAAAGACGGCCAAUAUUGUUUUAGCAAAAAAAUGUCAAAGCAGCAUUUUGCAGUUACUGAAGGAUGGUCAUGGUGCCAUUUCUUGUCGCUUUUUCUUAGAAGACUGCAAUAAAUAUUGUUAGAACACUUAAACAUGCCAGCUAUUAUGGUUCAUUUCAAAAUAAUAUUUCUCUGUUUCUAUUUUUCUGGCUUAUUUUUCAUGGUAUUUCAUACCGAAUUGGACGACUGUGAAGUUCUGUUACCAAUUUGUCAUAACUGUAACAAAGUGUGCGAUAUUUUAAGCUUUGUUAAAAAUUACAACACAAAAUACUCUGAGAGCUUUUUUGCGAGAAGUGAAAAAAGAAAACCCAUUCAAGUGUACACGAGUGAUGAUGUGUACUGGCCAGUUACUUAGGCGUGACAUGUACUGUCCUAAUUCUGUCCUAUUAAUGUGGAAAUCAGGGAAGCUCAUAGCCAAUCAGAUUUGAGAAUUUUGUAUAGGAGAAAUAGGAUUUUGAUCACCAUAAGGCUGUGUUUUUUUUUACCGUAGGAGGGAUUUGCUGCACCAGAGGAAGUUGGUAAUAAUGGAGAAUAUGAACAAGACUAUGGUGAUGAACAGGAUGAAUAUUAAAAAGAAGUCAAAGAUUUGUUUGGCUACCUGUGCUUGUAUCAAGAAUGAAGGCCUUCUCCAAGCAAUGCACCUGACAGCUUGAACUAACUGGUUUUUAAAUAAGAGUACAAUAUUAUUAAAAAAAUUUUGCGAAACAUGUAGAAAGCAAUCUUGGUUUGUCAUUUGUGCUGAUCUCUGCCUUAGUUUCUUUAUAUAUUUUUGUAUUAUAAAAAGGAGGUUUCACAGAAAAGCUGCAAGGAAGAUUGUUUUCAAUAAUGUUGUCUUAAAGCUGUGUUUAGGUAGUAGUGGUAGGUCAUACUGGAAAGUUUUGCUUUGUCAGUCAGACAUUUUGUAAUAGUCCUACCUGUCAUUAUCUUUGAGCACCGUAAGAAAGUUACAGUUAAGCUUGUGCCAAGUUUAAACCAAAAAAAACUGAAGCCUAUUUUUAGCUUGAGGUUAUUUUGUAGGAAUAAUGAUGCAAGUCUAGGCUUGAGAGGCUGUAGCCAUGCAAAAAA